GCUCUUACGUGUCAACACUCCCCACAUUCUGGUAUUUUGAACUACAAACGUCGAUCUUCUAAGAAUUUCUUUCUUAUUCCUGCUCUGGAAUUCUUCAGAAAAAUUCGGUACAAUAUGUAUAUUUUAAUAAAAAUCUUAUGCCUGUCGACAUUUAUACCAUUCACAUUGGCAGUAUGUGGUUAUGAGUCAUGUCCCGUCCCUAAGCCCAAUAUGUUGAAUGUCCAUGUAAUAUGCCAUACACACGAUGAUGUCGGAUGGGUUAGGACAGUGGAAGAAUAUUACCAAACAUUCGUUAAACAUAUAUUAAAUUCGGUGAUACGUCAUUUACUCGUUAACGAAACAAGAAAAUUCAUUUAUGUGGAAUCGGCAUUUUUGUAUCGAUGGUGGAACGAACAAUCUGAACUUUCCAAAUAUCUCAUUAGAAAAUUAAUCGAUGACGGUCAACUCGAGAUAAUAAGUGGAGGAUGGAGUAUGAAUGAUGAAGCUACAACUCAUUAUUUAGCCAUCAUCGAUCAGAUGACUUUAGGAAUGAGAUGGAUCAACGAAACAUUCGGAAAAUGUGCCACUCCCAAAAUUGGUUGGCAAAUUGAUCCAUUUGGCCAUUCUAGAGAACAAGCAUCUAUAUUUGCACAGAUGAAAUUUGAUGGAUUGUUCUUGGGAAGAAUAGAUUAUCAGGAUAAGAUCUUCAGGCAACAGAAUAGAAGACUUGAAUUUUUAUGGAAUACUAAUCCUGGUUACAAUUUAGACACUAAACUCUUCACUGGAAUUCUUCCGAAUGUAUAUUGGCCACCUCAAGGAUUCUGUUUCGAUGAUUUGUGUGGAGAACCAGAAAUAACGAGUUUUAACAUUAAUCGCAAAGCCAGGCAACUUAUGGAUGUUAUAAGAUACCAAGCGAAUUAUUAUCGCACAAAUCAUACUGUUUUAACAAUGGGAAUGGAUUUUCAUUAUCGGGAUGCGGAUCGUUGGUUUAGGAAUUUAGACAAGCUUAUGGCAUUCAUAAACAAUUUGCAAGAAUCUGGUAGCAACAUUAACAUUUUUUAUUCGACUCCUUCUUGUUAUUUACAUUCUUUAAAUCAAGCAAAUUUAACUUGGCCUACUUUUACUGAAGAUUUUUUUCCAUAUGCCAGCGAUCCAGAUGCAUAUUGGACAGGUUAUUAUAGUAGUAAGCCAGCUAUUAAGAGAUUUACACGUUAUUCAAAUGGAUUUCUUCAGGCUUGCAAACAAAUAAUUACUCUUUCCAAUAUAACUGAGGAUUACAGUUAUAAUCUACAAAAAGCAAUGGGAGUAAUGCAACAUCACGAUGCAGUAACUGGCACUGAAAAGGAUUACGUUGCUAAAGAUUACGCUGCCAUGUUGUCGGAAGGGAUAGACGAUUGUGAGGUAUUAAAAAUAUUAAAAAUUGCAUUAAUUAAAAUUAUAUAG